AUGGAAGCAGAAGAUUCAAAACAGCAGCAUCAAGGGAACAGUGCAAAGCUCUCGACAAACAAAGAGAACAUUACUGUUUAUAUAAGUCUGAAGGAUGUUACAAAAUGGUUGUCCUUCACUACUGAACAUGGAGGUGUGCCAGCUGCCGGUAGGUUCGUGAAGGAUGAGGACGAGCGGGAGGCCAUGUGGGAGCAGCAGCACGAGCUCGCCUCCCAGAAGACGUACUCCCUCUGCUCUGAGCUCGGCGUUCUUUUCCUCAAGGUUCGUGCUUAG